AUGAAGAAGUUCGCUCGAUUCUGGAAGGACAGGGACCGUUCAGAGAGUGCUGGGGCCGCGGCUCCGGCCCCGUUCACGGACAUCCAGCGGGCGGCAUCUCCGGAGCCGCGUCUCUCCUACAUCAAGCACGACUCGCGGCGGCGCAGUGACCGGUUUAGCCUCCGCCGUCGUCGACAGACUCGGGAUACCCCGCCGCGCCGUGCGGAGAGCUGUGAGACGCUCUACGAGGCGCCCUCCUCGCCGGGUCCGCGCGCUCCAACCGGCGCUGAGAGCUCGGACCGACGGGGAGGACUGGCGCGCGGCGCCGUCGGCUCGGCAGAGGACCUGUGUCACCGCGAGGAGACAUGGAGGAGGUCCGGCUCGACGGAGACACUCCAGUCUGGCCGCCGAUCUGGGUCUGGCACCCGACUCGGCUGGAGCUGGCGAUGGAAGCGCGGAUCCAGCUCCGAUCGCUCCGCCGCCGCCGAGGGCCCAGCGUCGGCCCGUGCAGGUCCUCCGGCCGCCUCUCUGGAUGACUUCCUGGGCAGUGUGUUGAGCGUGUCUGCGACGGGAGCAGAGAGGGUGGAGGCGGAGCGCGACCCGCCCGUGUCGCCCGACCAGGGGUACCGCUCCAGUGGCCGGAGUACGGAGGAGUUGCACCACCUGGCCGUCAAGACCGGCACCGAGCGGCACGGAGAACGAGUGGAGGAAGAGGAUGUGACAGAAGCGACAAAUGAAACCCGGCACGAAGUGGAGACGCAUGAGGCUAGAGAGAUGGAAGGGGGAUGGACCCAGCGUGUUCGUGCUCCGCCUGUAGCUGCCGAGAGGCAUGACGGCGGCGCAGCCGUCGGACGGCGUUCUCAGGACGAAGCGAACCUAGACCGUCUCCCAGCCGUCGGAGGUGACAGCACAACUGACUACAGUGACAUCACGAGCGGACACCGUGAUAUCACGAGUGGAUACCAUGACACGGUGGCUGCAGUUCGCGGUAACGAGCCGAGAAGUCGCGGCAGUGUGCUGGGUCUGAUGCUCCCGGACGAUCCAGUCUGUCUGGAACGUACCGGCGAUGCAUCCACACCUCUCUCUCAGCGGAACUCCGUCACAAUUCCGGCGGUCCAACUUCAGACAAACCUGACGCCGGUCCGCCGGCCGAGCCUGCCGAGAACUCCUCGCCUCUCAGCUACAACCGUCGUUGGCGGCGGAGGAGGAGGAGGGAUGUACGGCCGCGCCGACAGUUCCCCCAGCUCUGACGACACCGUCGACGCGGUGACGGACGACGACAACGACGAAAACGACGACGGUCUGUCCGUGGGCGCCGAUCAGCUUCGGGCGGCUCAGCGGCACUGCCAGCGCGUCUGGGAGGCGGCCGGAGCUGUGCCGGGGGUACCAGCGGCGACUGUACCUUCACCGGGGGUACCGGUACUGGCGCUGAGGUACCGGCCGGCCCCACCGUACCGCGAGCACGACCCGCUGGGCGGUACGCCGCCGGUACCGCCGCCGCAGCGGGACCGACCACCGCCGUACCAGCCGCGAUCCUCCGACUGCAGCGAGCGGGUAGAGCGAGAGGAGGAGCAGGCAGAGCAGGAGGGGAUCGGGCUGCAGGUGAAGCGGCCGCUGCAUGAGCAGGCCUCUGAAGACGCCACGCCCCCCGCCGCGGACGGCUGUCCUGUGCAGAGGGAGCACACGGUACGGGUGGGAGCCGACCCCAGUUACCCAACCAAGGCGGGAAGGUCGGCGGAGGAGGACUCUGCUUACCGGCGACUGGGAGAACAGGACGAGUCCCGACGGGUCACCUUCAGAGUGGCCGGCAAACAUAUCGUACCAACCCGGUUUGGCCCCGCGCCUGAGAGCCGCCACAUGGAAAACAUCGCUGGGAGACUCUCCAAUGUCAUCGUCAAUGUGACUUUGGGAGGUCGCUCGUGGUUUCCGGGCUGCUACUGA